GAAAUUCUUCGGUUAGAGAUGCUUUUUAAUAUGGCCAUCGAAAAUAGGUAUACAAUAAACACUGUAUUGAUUCUUCCCACUUCAAAUGGAAAGAGUACAGUUAUCAAUGCCAUGCUAGGGUCGAGGUUACUGCCUUCCGGUCUUGGCCACACAACCAGUUGUUUCUUAGAAAUUCAAGGAACAGACAACGAGACGGUUCCUAUGUCUCUUCUUUUCCAGCUGGCCCACGCUCUCAGUGGAGUGAAGCUGUCCUCGGACUCUACAAUUCACAUUUACUGGCCUAGCACAUUUUGCCGACUACUUCGGGAAGAUGUUUGUCUUCUUGAUAGCCCCGGAAUCAACGUGGACCCCGAUAUGGACAAGUGGAUCGAUCUCCAUUGCCUGGAUGCAGAUGUAUUCAUUUUGGUGGCGAAUGCAGAAUCCACUCUGAUGCAAGCGGAAAAAGACUUCUUCCAUCGCGUGAGCCAACGCCUUUCAAAACCAAACAUAUUUGUCAUCAAUAACCGUUGGGAUGCAUCUGCAAAUGAGAUGGAGUAUAUUAAUGAGGUUAAACAACAUAUGCAACGUUGUGUGGCAUUCCUUGUAGAUGAACUGAAGGUUUGCACUCGUGCCGAGGCGGAAGAGCGUGUUUUUUUUGUCUCGGCUCGUGAGGCCCUUGCCAUUCGUUCGAAAACAGGCAAUGCAACACACAACGGGCCCCCGGGAUCUAUGAUAUCUCUUGCCUGUUUCUGUGGGUUCUUGGUACAAUGCUCGUAUACAAUUUAUUUCCAUGCAAGUGUGUUGUAUUCUGUAGACAUUGUCCAUUCUUCGCAAUGCAGGAUUGAUUUAAAAAUUUUUUGGAAGUUAAAAAUCACCCAUGGUUGUCCUUGCAUCGAAGCGUUUGAACUGUUCGUGUCACUUUUAUUAUGUUCUGUGGAAUACGGAUUACUUAGCGCAAGCCAGUUGCACGCAAAAGCAACCGGUUAUCCAUUGCCUUACUGUUCAAAUUGGGAUGUUACAAAAGUAUUCAGGUGA